AUGGACGACGCGUGGCUCACCGAGGGCUCCCCCGCGGCGAAACCGACAUCGCUGCCGACGUCCCCGAUGACGUCCGCGCCGCUCGUGGAGAACGCGCGGCUGAUGAACCUCGGCGAGAUCAAGACGAGGCCGUCGCCGUACGGGGGGAAGCGCGCGGCGAAGGACGCGGAUGCGUUUCUCGCCGCCUCGCCGCGCGCGUCGAGGCUCCCGAGGCCGCCGCCCGCGUCCUUCGCCGCCGACGCGUCGAAGAUCCGCGCGCGCGCGUGGUCCCCGGAGACGAAGGACGGCGGCGGCGGCGCGAAGAAGAGCGCGAUGCCCGCGAUCAAGAUCGCCGCGCCCGUCGUCGCGGCGCCGCGGCCGCGCGUCGUAGUACAGGUCGCGGAGGCGUCGUCGGCGCCGAAGAAGCCCCGCGACGCCGUCGACGCGACGACGACGACGCCGCGGGAGCCGCCGUCGCCGGUGUUCAAAGCCCCCGGGUACGUCCGCACCGCCGUCGCGGCGGCGAAGACCGCGCCGGAGGAGCCGGUCGCGUCCGCCGCCGCGGCUUCGCUCGCGGCGGCGGCGGUCAUCAGAUCCCCCGCCUGCGUCGGCGGGCGCGGGAACCGACGCGCGUCGCUCGGCCUGGACGCGUUCGCCGCCGCGGCGGACGACGACUUCUUGGGCGGCGACGAUUGCGAAGACUUCGGGUUGGUGCCCGCGAUGACGCCGAAGGGGAAGGGCGCCGGCGCGGCGCACGCGUUCGCGCCGUCGCCCGUGAUGGAAGAGCCGGAGGAGGAGGUGGAGGAGGAGGAGGCGGCGGCGGCGGCGUCCCCCGCGAUCGAAGUCGUCGUCGUGCCGUCGCCGAGCGUCCAAUCCUUCGACGGCGCCGUCGACGAAGCGGACGAGACCGUCGUCGUGGAGGUGGACGAGAACGACGAGACGAUCGUCGUGGACGGCGACGGCGACGUGAGCAUGAUGGACGUCGACGAGGAGGCGGCGGCGGCGGCGCCCAGCCCCGGCCCGGAGGCGGCGGCGGCGGCGGCGGCGGAAGAGACGGUCGUCGAGCCCGCGCCCGCGCCCGCGCCCGAGCCCGCGCCCGCGCCCGCGGACGAUUUCGAGGCGAAACUCCUCGCCGCGAUGGCGGCUGCGGAGAGAGGCGGCGGGUUAGCCGCGCUCGGAGGCGGCGUCGCCAACUCGUCUCCCGGGGCGGCGCCGCCGCGCGCGGCGGCGGUUCAAAACUCGCCGCCGCCGCCGCCGCCGCCGCGCGCGCCGGAGCCGGAGCCCGAGCCGGAGCCCGAGCCGAAGGCGAGGGUGAACGCCGCGAGGCAGGCGGCGGCGGAGGCGGCGGCGAUGAUGGACGCGGACGUCGUCGUCGUCGUCCCGGCGAGGCGGGUGAAGAAAAAGACGGCGGCUCUCGCCUCGGCGCCGGCGCCGGCGACGGCGCCCGCGCCCGAGCCCGAGCCCGCGUCCGAGCCCGCGCGCCCCGCGGCGAACGCGAACGCGAACGCGAACGCGAAUGACGAAUUCGAGGCGAAGCUCCUCGCCGCGAUGGAGGCCGCGGAGCGAGGGGGCGGGUUAUCCGCGCUCGCCGGCGGCGUCGCGAACUCGCCUCCGGGCGCCGCGACGGCGACGUCGAAGCCGCCCGGGCCCGGGGGACCCGCGCCGGAGGAACCCAAAGACGUCGAGGACGUCGUCAUGGAAGAAGAAGAAGAAGAAGAAGAAGAAAAAGCGGCGGCGGCGGCGGCAGCUCCGGCGCCGCCCGCGAUGAAGCGACGCGCCCCGGCUCCCGGGUUGCCGCCGCUCAGCGCGAAAAAGGCGAAGAAAAAAGCCGCGCCCGCGCCCGAGGAGACGCCCGCCGUCGCCGCCGACGCCGCCGCCGCGGACGAGGACGAAGACGGCCCGGUCCCGCCAAAAGUGGACUUCGAAGCGAUGCUCGCCAAGGCGAUGGCCGCCGCGGAGAGCGGCGGAGACCUCGGCGCUGUUCUCGGCGCGCAAGGCGGGGGUGGGAUGCAAAAUUCGCCCCCGGGGUCGCGCCCCGCGCCCGCGCCCGUCGCGUGGUCGCCGCGGGAAGCGGCGGCGGCGGCGACGCGACCGGCGGGCGGCGCGGUCGCGAACAACCCGCCGCCGGCGUCGCGACAGCCGGUUCAAAAUUCUCCGGUGGCGAUUCCGGCGUCGCGACAGCCGGUGCAGAACUCACCCGUGGCGAUUCCGGCGUCGCGACAGCCGGUGCAGAACUCGCCCGUGGCGAUUCCGGCGUCGCGACAGCCGGUGCAGAACUCUCCGCAGCCGCCGCCGCAGGCGCGACGCGCGCCCGUGAUGAACUCCCCCCCGCCGCCGCCCGUUGACUUUGGCUUCGGCCCGCCGCCGGUGUCGACGCGCCAGCCUGUCGUGAACUCGCCGGCGCCGGCGCCGCGCGCGCCGAUCGCGGCGCCGUCGCCGCCGCCGCCGCCGCCGCCGCCGAGCUUCAUGCUCGACAACGCGCUGCGCUCGAUGCCGCCGCCGCCACCGUCGUUCCUCGCGCGCGCGGCGGCGGCGACGGCGCGACCGGCGACGCGGAUUCCGUUCCCGCCGACGACGACGUGCGCGCCGAUUCCGAUCGCGAUUCCCGUCGUCGUCGAACCGUUCGUCGCGGCGGCGCCGCCGCCGGCGCCGACGCCGGAGCCAGUUGCGGCGCCGUCGCCGCCGAGACGCUCCACCAGGGGCGGCGGCGGCGGCGGCGGAUCGGGAUCCAGCACCGCCGGGAAGAAGCCGCCGCCGACGACGGCGGCGAAGAUGACCGUCGUGAAACUCCGCGCCGAGCUCAAAUCGCUCGGCUUGGACACGACCGGGUUGAAAGCGGAUUUGGUCGCGCGCGUCGAAGAGGCGCGGGCCGCCGCCGCGGAGAAGGAAGAGGAGGAAGAGGAAGAGGAAGAGGAAGAGAAGGAGGAGGAGGAGGAAGAGAAGGAGGAGGAGGAGGAACCCGCGGCGGUGGCGGAGAAGGAGAACGUCGAGGCGCCGCGCGUCGUCGUCGCCGCCGCGCCGCCCGAAGACGCCGAGCCCCCGUCGAGUUCGGGCCCGGAGCUGACGCCGCCGGAGCUGAAACCGCGAUCGCCGCGCGGUGGCGGCGGCGAAGGCGCCGACGCGCGCGCGUCCGCGUCCGCCGCGGACGACUUCGAGGCGCGGCUCGCGGCGGCGAUGGCGGCGGCUGAGCGCGGCGGCGGCCUCGCGUUUGGCGGCGGCUCCAAGAUUGCAAACUCUCCGAUCGGCGGAAGGCCCAAGGACGUCGACCUGAAGGCGGAGGCGAGGCGGCAGGGGAUGACGAAGGGCGCGCUGCUGCACGCGCGGCUUCACGCGGACACGUCGCCGCUGACGCGCGCGAGGCGGUGAGCGGUGCUAUGUGAUAGAAGCGAACGUUUUAGUGAACAGAAGACUCGU